CGAUUUGCAUGCAAAUCUGUAUCCUGUACGAAAAUAUUUUAAAAGAUAAUUAAUAAUUUCAUUUCCCUUUAUUUUAGAGAAGAAACGAUAUUUAUACAUCGGUGAAACAAAAAUAAUUUCGAAUAUAAAAUGAUAAAAGUGUAACUUAAUUACAAAUAAGACCAAAAAGCUACCGAAACCAUGGCAGUGGUUAAAACACCUGUGCUGAAAGUUAUUUUAUGCGGCGAAUAUGGUGUGGGAAAAAGUUCUAUAUUCCGAAGAUUCAUCAACAAUACCUUUAUGCCUAACGCCGACCGAAAAUCCACCUUAGGCCUCGAUCAUUUUGAAAAAAUUUAUCGUGUUGGUGACAAAGAAGUCAAGUUGCAGCUAUGGGACACUGGUGGCAUGGAACGGAUCGCAUCAGUCACCUCCAGUUACUAUAAAUUUGCUGAAGCUGCAAUUUUAGUGUUUUCUUUGGAUAAUUCGUCAUCAUUCCACGUAUUAAGCCAGCAUCUUCUGGACAUUGUCACAUAUGCUGAGAAUGCUAAAAUAUUUCUCUGUGGAAAUAAGUCAGAUUUGGAAGGAUCAUGUCCUCAAGUAACAGAUUCGGACAUAGAAGCUUUCUGUGAACAAUGUCACAAUCUCAUAAGCUGUACAUACAGAACUUCUUGCAAAAGUGGGAAAGGACUGGAGGAGAUGUUUUCCGAUAUAGCUCUCCAGUUAGUAGAGUCCAAUCGAUCCAGGAUUGAAUUGCAGACUUUGGAUCACAACAGCUUUAAAAUCUCGAACCCCGAACCAGCUGAAGAAUCAUCAUGCAGCUGUUAAAAACUUGCUCUCUAUCAAAAAUAUAUUCUAAUCUUAAUGCUUCAAGUCCCAAGCGGUCAGAUGUGACCGCGAUUACAAUAGAUGAUAAACUAUUGUGUCUGGUUUUUCCACAGUCAAGGUAUUAAGAGUUGCUUGCGACAUAAUAGUUGUGUUUUUUAUACAGGCAAAAGAGAAUGUAAAGCAGAUUUUAAUCUCAUAAUUUUAAGAACCAUUAAUAUCAAUAUCUCAAAGCUAAUCAAUACAAAAUAUUGUGUAAUCUGCUUGGCUACUAAGUAUUGUGUGUAAUGAGAUUGCAGCUCUUUUAAAUUUUAUAAACGAUAAUUUCUAAAAAAGAAUUAUUUUUUAAGAUGUGUAAGAAUGACAUGUAUUUUGGAAUAUUUUAAACAAACUGUCAGCAAAUUUUUGUAAUCACUAGUGUAUAUUAUUUUUACAGUAUUACAUUUGUACAACUUCAAUAGUAUUCCAGUUUGGUAUUGGUAUUAAUCGUCAGAGUUAACUUACUUA